UGGACUCGUCCAGUUCUCAUCACCAGAGCGAAUCGAUAGUUAAAGAAGCCUGAAUAUUGCAGCUCUAUUUCGGCACCGACAGAAGUGACAUCACAAGUCUACAGUGGGGGAAACAAUGGAGGAGCAGAAUCUGAAAGAUCCUAUUAAUAAAGUGUCUCUGAUCAAAGAUGAGCUGAGCAGGAGCACUGUGGAGGCCAGUGAGUCUGAGAAGGUCAUCCAGCGACUGAACCAGGAACUGCAGGAGGCCAAUGAACAGGCCAACUCGGGCAAACACAAAUGUGUCGAACUCCAAGGUCUAUUGGAGGAGGAGAAAAGAGCCAAUAAGCAGCAGGCAGAGGAGUCAGCAAAACAGAUAAAGGUCUUGCAGACUCAGCUCCAGAAGCUGCAGGAUGACAUGGAGAAUCUCAGGGAUCAGAAGGACAGCGCGGUCUUCAGCAUGCGACAGGAAGCGCACGCGGCUCAGGAGGAAGUGCAGGUGUUGCGCCGCACUAUGGAGAAAACGGCAGCCGAGCGAGAGCAUGAGGUCAGCGCGCUGAAAGGGAACCUAGCAACGUUAACUUCUGAGCUGGAGAAAUGGCAGUUGGCUGCAAACAAAUACGAGCGUGAGCUUGACAGUGUGCAGGCCAGUCACCAACAGCAGAACCAGCAGAGAGACAGAGCUGCCAAACAGCAAGCGAGCGAGCUGGAGCGGCUGCAGAAGGACUGUGAGAGCCUGAGGAGGGAGUGUGCGUCUCUGAGGUCAGAGAGAGAGCAGCUGGCUGAUAAACAGCAGAAAGAGAAGAUCAGCCUGCAGAGUGAGAGCAGCACCCUGCGCUCAGAGAAAGAACAGCUACUGAAGAAACAACAGCAGCUGGAGAAAGAGCUGGACAGCUCCAAGAAACAGACCACAAGUCUGAGCAACACAGUCAAGACCCUGGAGAAGACGCAGGUGGACCUGGAGAAACGGCUGAGCGUCCUGCAGGAGGAACACCAGAGAGACACUAGCCAGCUGGAGCAAAGCAAUAGCAGGAUCAAAGAACUGCAGAAAGAGUAUGAGGAGAUCCAGGCAGAGCUGUCGGGCCUCAGGGAGAAGUAUGAGAAUGUAGAGGAGGAGAAAAGCUCCAUCAGUCUGGAGCUGCAGCAGAGCCAAGAGCGCCUGAGGCUUCUGCAGGACAAAGACAACCAUGGAAAAUGGAUCAGGUGGAUGCCCGUUGCUGCUGUUACCAUUGCUGUGACGGGGUAUUUGCUUUCAAAGACCUCAAAAUGAACAUCGUGAUGAACCAGUAACAAGCACACACACCGUGACAUGCUUACCUUGUCAAUCUUUCUCAAAUGUGUUGACAUUUGUGUCCUUUUAGUCUGUGUGGUGUUAGUUUGAGUAAAAAGUGUUUAAAUGCAACUUUCUACUCAAAUAUUGAUGGCCUUAGAAUAAUAAUAUCACAGCAUUCCCUCAGUUGCACCACCAUAUACAUAUAUAUUUUUAAAUUUGACGUUCUGUAUAUGCAUAGCAUUUGAAGUACCUGGCUAAUAACAGGUAUUUUAUUGAACACUGUUGCUUUGCCAAACGAACACUUAGUGAAUUGCCUUAUAUAACGUAGCAUCAGAUAAACAAACAUAUACCAUCCAUGAGAAUUAAUUGAGAAUUGCAAAUCCCACUGCAAUAACAUAUUCGAGACAUGAUGCAUCCAUUUAAGUUUUAACUUGUUCAUGCAUUCUGUGGCUUAAAUGCCUAAAUCUGCCAUGUAAUGUGUAUGUGUCCUUGCACCUUAUACAAAGCCAUUAGUGAUUAGUCUAUGCACUGUACUUUAUUGUGAUAAGGAUUUGACAUAUUAAUAAUAAUGAUGAUGAUGAUGAUGAUGAAAAUAAUCACUGUUCACUUAGGACAUUAGAGUGCUAAUUUGUCCUAAAGUGACCUAUAAUAGAGUGUUUAUGAUUUAUUAUGUUUAUUAUUCCUUGUACAGAGAUUUAAGGAAAAACUACCUGAUCUAACAAACAUGCUAAUUGCAAUAAAUAAGCAAAAGUGAACUUCA